GCCCGACCCACUGAACGCCGAUAAAACAUUCCAAUCAUCUCAGCAAUACCAGAGGCGAAUGAAUAUAGGAGACAGUCGUUAGACCUUGUCUUCUCCAGUGCCUACAAAGAUUCUGGUCGAGAGACCUUCGCCCACGUGUCUGCGAUACUCAAUCGCCGCAAAGCCAGACCGAUCCGUCCUCUCCGAAUCGUCUGACCAUGGAUUCCGGUGUGCCUCCUUCGAGGUCGGCCAUGCCGUCGUCCUUCGACGACGACAUCGACUUCCGUGAAAGCAGCCGCUGGGCCAAGCUCAAGCGGCUCAUCCUUCAAGAUCCCCUCAUCCCUCUCGGCUGCGCGCUCACCGUCGCCGCCCUGCUGGGCGCUUCCCGGGCCAUGAAGCAAAACGACCACGUCAAAGCAAACAAGAUGUUCCGACGUCGUAUCUACGCGCAAGGCUUUACUAUACUCGCUAUCGUUGCGGGCUCGAGCUACCUAAAUAAGGACAAAGAGCAGCGAAAGCGUGAUAUUGAAUUGGAGAAGGAGAGGGCGCAGCGGGAAAGGAGAGAAAAGUGGCUUGCUGAACUUGACUUCAGAGAUCAGGAGGAGAAAGAGCUGAGGGCUGAACGCGAGAUGAGACGCAAGAGAAUGGCCGAGGAGAAGGCCCAGAAGGCGGCACAGGAAGCAACAGGACCAGUCAGUGAGGCGGUGAAAGGACUGUGGUGGAGCAAAGCAGACGAUGAUAAGAAGGAUAGAUGAGGAGGACAUCUGUGAUAUAUGCAUCGCCUCGUUCUUCACUUUCGUACACAUCAGGUAUCCGUUCUUUCUGGUGUGGUCCAUGGCGAUCUGGGCUUGAUCGUUCAUCUCAGCUUUGGUAGGCGUCAUGAGGAAACGAAACUCUGCAUUUUCGAUGGACCUGCAUAUUAUCAUGAUAAAAGACGAGGUGCUGAUUGAGCAUUCCGCUCUCGCGUGACCAGCUGAAAGGCUUCUCCUGCUAUAUCUUUGCUAUCGUUGUCAUUGUCAUUGCGCCG